AUGGCUCUCACUCUCCAACAUACAGGCUUCCUCCUCGGCGCAAAUGAUGAAUUGGCUUCUGCACCAUGUAUCUGUGGUCAUGCAGAUAAGCCGUCGCCACCUCGGUUCGACUGUGUUAAUCAGCAAUCUUACUUCAUCAUGGGUAUCAUCAUCUCCACGAUUGCAGCUGCUGUGACUGCCGUAGUCACCGGCGUCGUAGCCGUCGCCUCGAUUAUUCUCGGCGUUAUCGCCACUAUAAUCAUCGGCAUAUUCGACAUUAUCUUCGACAUCCUCUGCUGCAACUGCUUCGGCGCGCGCACCCGACGAACGGGAACUCAUACAUACUGGGGAUCUGGUGGGCUCUUCGGACCCAGAAGGGCUGCAGCAGGUCCCAUGGCGGGCGCCGGGGCAGGUCCGGGCGUGGGCGGUGGAGGUUUGGCCGGUGGGCCUGCGAUGGGUACCACGGGUGCGGCGGCGACUUACUAAAUGAUUUCGUCCAUCUCAUCGAGUUACGCGAUAUUGACGAUUUUAAUACAUGAUUCGGUGACGACGGAGGAUUAUACUAUUCAUGUUUAAUAGAGGAUGUGUUGUAGUAUUUGUGAUUGUACCUAUGCCCCGUGUAACGAAGGCACAUACCCUCGAAUUAUCUAUCAAUUCUGCGUACACGCGAAGGAGGUGAAUAGAGAUUAAUAGGGU